AUGGCUUAAAUUACUCCAGCAAUUAUUAAAGCUAUUGGAUUAAAAGAUCCUAAAGGUGAUUUAUCGUUAAUAGAAGUUCCUCUCAAGUAGCUUGGUUCUAAAGAUUUACUUGUCAGAAUAGAAGCUGUUAGUGUUAAUCCUGUUGAUUACAAAAAAUUGCAGUCUAUCAGAACUUAAAAUAUUUCUUAGGAUAAUCCUGUUAUUUUAGGAUUUGAUGCAAGUGGCGUGGUAGUUAAAAUAGGCUCUGACUGUAAGCUUUUUAAUGUAGGAGAUUAAGUAAUAUAUUCGGGAGAAUAUACUAAACAUGGAUCUAAUGCAAACUAUUAAAUUGUAGAUGAAAGAAUAGUUGGAAACAAGCCUAGAAAGCUUAGUCAUGCUGAAGCAGCUGCUAUACCUUUAGUGAGUCUUACUGCUUAUGAGGGUAUUGUUGAAGAAAUGCGCAUUUCUCCAACAGAAAAAUAGCACAAUUAAAAUAAAAACAUUUUGAUUGUUGGAGCUGCAGGAGGAGUUGGUAGUUCAGCUAUUUAAAUAGCCAAAAAAUUUUUAGGCCUAACAGUGAUUGCUACAGCAUCUAGAAAGGAAAGCAUAGAUUUCUGCAAAAAAAUGGGAGCUGACUUUGUAAUUAACCAUUAAAAUCCCUUAGCUGAAGAGCUAAAUAAACUAAAUAUUUCAAGUUUGGAUUACAUCUUCAACUGUGUAGAAAUGAAGUCAUCUUAUUUUGAACAGUUUGCAUCCUUAAUCAAACCUUUUGGCCGUAUUGUUGGUGUUGUUGGAUUUGACGAGCCUCUAAAUUUGUAAUUAUUAUUCUUGAAAAGGGCAAAAAUCUCAAUUGAAUGUAUGUUUACUCGUUCUAUGUUUGGUGAAUAACCAGAAAAAUAAAAUUAAAUACUGAAUAAAAUCAGUGAGCUAUACGACAAAGGAAUAUUAAUCCCUACAGUCUAAAAAUAAAAGCAGUUUUCUUUAGACAGUUUGAUUGAUGCUCACAAUUUAAGCAAAUCUGGUAAAACUGUGGGCAAAAUAAGUUUGUUUGAUGUUUAGAGUUUUUUUGGUGUUGAAAAAAAAGUCUAGAAGAAAACAAGCUGCUUUGGAUUUUUUUGA